GCAUUCUUUUCUUUCUUGAUCAAAGUUGUCCAUGAAAGAAAAUUCUCUGUGGGCUGUUGCCAUAAAAAUACAAAAGCCAUAACAUGUGGAGAGAACUCUUUUAACUGGGGUCUACUUUUUAGCUUUCCGCUGAUCCUCCUUAAUUGCCAACCCCUACAAAUAAUCAGUUAUUGGCUUAAUCCCAGAAACAAAUUAAAAUUUCCUAUUCUUAUCUUCUUUCUCCUGCCUCAUCAUGAGUAGACUUGGGAUAAACACUAAUACACAUGAAGAUGCAUAUGAGCUAAGAAGAGGGCCAUGGACUGUUGAGGAAGAUGAUCUUCUUGUUCGCUACAUAACUAGUCAUGGCGAAGGCCACUGGAAUUACUUAGCUAAAUUUGCAGGUCUUAAGAGAACAGGGAAAAGCUGCAGGUUGAGGUGGUUGAAUUAUUUGAAGCCUGAUGUUAAGCAUGGAAACCUCACCCCACAAGAACAGCUCUUGAUCCUUGAGCUCCAUUGCAAGUGGGGAAACAGGUGGUCAAAGAUUGCACAGCAUCUACCAGGAAGAACGGAUAAUGAAAUCAAGAAUUACUGGAGAACUAGGGUGCAGAAACAUGCCCGGCAACUUAAGAUUGAUGGAAAUAGCAAGAAAUUUCAUGAAGCAAUCCGACGGUUUUGGGUACCAAGAUUGCUUGAAAAAAUGGAACAAAAUUCUUCAGCAACAUCCUCUCCCUCUUCUUCCAUCUCUACCUUGGAAACUCAAACUCCCAUAAAUACUACACCAUGUCCUAAAUACAGGUUCCAGGUGAAUAAUUCUGAUCAGCACAAGGAAUAUUCACACAGUAACUCAUUAGAAUCUGGGAUAAUUUCACAGCUGACUGCAGAGAAUUCAGAAAUGAAUACUGCUUAUAACAAUUCAUUUCAAGAUGAUGGUUACCAUGUGGACAUUAGCAGUAAUAACAUUUUAGAAAUGGAGUCGCAGCAGGAGAUUUUGCGCUCGCAGUGCCAGCAGAUGGAAGAGAUUGAUUGGUUUGGCGAAGGAAUGGCUGGGACUUUUUGGAAUGCUGGUGAAUUCUGGGAUUUUAGAAAAUCAUAAUUACCAGACUAGGUCUCAAGGUUCUUGCUUUUGUAACAGGGCCAAGAAAAAAAAGCUAAUUAUGUAUAUUUAUGAGUUUAAUGUUUUCCAUGUGCUUUUAAUCUUUACCUACUCAUUGUAGUCUAUGAUAAUGCUCAUGUCUUGCUAGCUGGCUUCGAGUCAUACAAGUAUUGCAUGCACGUUUGGUUAAGCUUCAAA